AUGGCUCGAUUCAUUCCCGACCCAACGAAAUUUCCCAGGCUGAAGGAUCAAGUUAUGGUGAUCACAGGUGGAAGUAGCGGCAUAGGGGCAGCGACAGUCGCGUUCUUUGCCAAACACGGGGCGAAGGUCAUCUCGGGCGACAUAACACCUGCCUCUACCGACGUCGAGAAUGUUCAACAUGUUAGCACCGACGUGACAUCUUACUCAUCUCUUUCAAAUCUCUUCCGCCUCGCCUUCAAGACGUACGGCCGUGUUGAUAUUGCCAUCAGUAAUGCCGGCUUGAUUGAGCCAGGCAACAUUUUUGACCCGUCGAUCGAUCUGCAAUCCGUCGACGAGGAGCCAGCGCUCAAUAUCGUCGACGUCAAUGUCAAGGCGGUGAUUUAUUUUGCCCGUAUUGCAUCGGUCUACCUCCGCCAAGGGGCGAAGCCGGGCGAUGACAAAUGCCUCCUCUUAAUGAGCAGCGUCGCUGGGUUCACCUUCACCCCAGGGCUGUACGUGUACGGCGCGACCAAACACGCUGUAAUAGGCCUAAUGCGAGCGCUGGCUCCGUAUGCACUCACUACGCUUGGCAUUCGAGUGAACAGUAUCUGUCCUUGGACGACGGAGACGGGAAUGGUUUCGCAAUUCCUUGACAAGUGGAGGGCUGGCGGCUUUGCGGUGAAUUCCCCGGAAGAUAUUGCACAAAUUUAUGGUGCACUGGCUGUAGAUGCGGAAAACAAUGGCAAGGCUGUAUACGUCGAAGGCGGGAGAGGUUGGGAGAUAGAAGAAGGAUUGAAUCGUCUAGGUCCUCAGUGGUUAGGUCCUGGACCAUGGGAUAGUCUCAUGAGAGGCCAGAGAUUCUUCAGUGAAACAGAAUCUUGGUGA